AUGUAACUGGUCACACUGCAUUAGAGCUCUCGGGUGACCAGAGACAUGAAAUCUGUGGAGAAACUCCUUAUUGUAUUUUCUCUGGUUCAAGUUUUCAGAUUAAUAAAGAAUUUGUUGAACAGCUCCAGGGAAAUCCUACAGGAAUCUGGUUAAAAGACGGCACUCAUGGUGACAAUAACAGAGUCUUUAACUCUACAGUAACUAAAGAGAACAAGAUUAAAGGUAAAAUUAUAGGAGACCUCCGCAUGAAGAACUGCACCACCAUCUUCUACAACAUCAGUGAGAGUGACAGAGGAGUUUAUUACUUUAGAAUAGAGACUCCAGGAUCCCUGAAAUACACUUAUAAAUCUCCAUCAGUAUCUGUAAGAGUGCGAGACUCUCCAAUCAGCCCCUCAAUAAGACUGUAUAAGGAGGAUCAGGAGGAGGUGAAGGACCUAAAUGAGGUGGUGGAGGGAACUUCAGUGAGGAUUAUCUGCUCUGCUCCAUCUCCUUCAUGUCUCUUAAAGCCUCCCACUUUUACAUGGAACUUCCUGCCUGAGGAGAGAAGACAGGAGCAGAACCACAACACCAGCUUCAGCUCCUCUCAGCUGCACUUUAACGCUACUCACCUGCAUCAUGGACAGGCUUUCACCUGCACUGCCACCUACUGGCUCCAGAACAAGAACAUAUCAGUACAGAGCACUCUUACACUCCAUGUUCUGUAUGGUCCUAGAAACACAUCAGUAUCAGCAUCUCCAUCUGCUUCAGUGGUUUUGGGCAGUUCAGUGUCUCUGAGUUGCAGCAGUGAUGCAAACCCAGCAGUGCUGAACUACACCUGGUACAGAGAGAACGGAGAGCAGAUAGGAACCGGAGACCAUCUCACCAUCAACACCACUGAUUCUACACACAGUGGUUUAUACUACUGUAGAGCUCAAAACCAGUACGGAGAUCACAACUCAUCUGUCUACCUGGAUGUGCAGUAUGGUCCUAGAAACACAUCAGUAUCAGCAUCUCCAUCUGCUUUAGUGGUUUUGGGCAGUUCAGUGUCUCUGAGUUGCAGCAGUGAUGCAAACCCAUCAGUGGUGAACUACACCUGGUACAGAGAGAACGGAGAGCAGAUGGGAACCGGAGACCAUCUCACCAUCAACACCACUGAUUUUACACACAGUGGUUUAUACUACUGUAGAGCUCAAAACCAGUACGGAGAUCACAACUCAUCUGUUUACCUGGAUGUGCAGUAUGAUCCUAGAAACACAUUAGUAUCAGCCUCUCCAUCUGCUACAGUGGUUUUGGGCAGUUCAGUGUCUCUGAGUUGCAGCAGUGAUGCAAACCCAGCAGUGCUGAACUACACCUGGUACAGAGAGAACGGAGAGCAGAUAGGAACCGGAAACCAUCUCACCAUCAACACCACUGAUUCUACACACAGUGGUUUAUACUACUGUAGAGCUCAAAACCAGCAUGGAGAUCACAACUCAUCUAGAUACCUGGAUGUACAGUAUGGUCCUAGAAACACAUCAGUAUCAGCAUCUCCAUCUGCUUUGGUGGUUUUAGGCAGUUCAGUGUCUCUGAGUUGCAGCAGUGAUGCAAACCCAGCAGUGCUGACCUACACCUGGUACAGAGCGAAGGAAGAGCAGAUAGGAACCGGAGACCAUCUCACCAUCAACACCACUGAUUCUACACACAGUGGUUUAUACUACUGUAGAGCUCAAAACCAGCAUGGAGAUCACAACUUAUCUGUCUCCCUGGAUGUGCAGUAUGCUCCUCAGGUCUCUCCCUCCUCCAGCUGUAACAGCUCUAUGGAUUUCUUCAACUGCUCCUGUGAGGUUCAUGGAAAUCCGUCUCCUAAACUGGUGUGGCUUCUCUCGGGUCAAAUUGUCUCUAAAUCCGACAUCAUAUCCACCCUGGAGGAGGCGAGCAACACAACGUUAAGAAGCUUCAUGUCCAUCCGUCCGUCAGCUAACAACACACCCACUCUGCAGUGUGUUAGCACCAACAAUCUGGGUGUCACCUCACAAGUCUUCUCCUUUAUCACCACAGUGCCGUGCUCUGCUGGAGGUUCAGGUGUGGAUAUCUCUCCUGUGCUGAUCGGCGCUGCUGCUGGAGCUUCAGUAAUGAUGAUGCUGUGUGGUGUAUUCCUGUGUGUAAGAAAGUAA